AAAAAGUCGGUUCACUAUUACUGUUAGGGCCGCGACAGCUAUAGCAAUGUAUGGGGACGUUAACAGAAGAAAAUCGACUUAAUAUUUGUCCCCGAUUUUUUUGCCGCUGCAAUGUCGCUUCAAUCGCAAGUGGAAGAAGCGGCAGAAGAGAGAAGCGCCUUCUUUAUCUGUACCGACUCGGACGUCUCGGAAGAUGAGGACCACCAUCAACUUAUACUACAGAAAGCCAACGCUCUAGCAUCGGAAAACUGUCUCAAAGAAGCCAUUGACUGGUUUUCAGUGGCUAUGCGGUAUGGGCCGGUGAGACCUGAACAGUUAAGCACUUUCGUGGACUGUGUUGUCCGCAACUUUAGGAGAAAAGCAGCUGGGCCAGACACACUUUCGGACCACAGUCGGGACGCAGGGGACAGCUCAGAGGACGAUAUGUUUGACUGUCCCAACUGUCAUAGUUUUAUAGGCGAACCUGUGACCAUAGCCUGUGGACAUUCGUACUGUAAGAGGUGUUUACAACGGAGGCUGCUCUCCAAAUGUAAGCUGUGCAAUGAAACGGUCACGGGCGAGGAGAAAGUGAAUGUAAUUCUGUGCGGACUUUUAGAUAAAUGGUUCCCCGACGAGCUGAGAACGUCGAAAACACUAUGCGAAGUGGACGAGCUGUGUAGGAAAAAACGCUACCAAGAAGCGGUGUCGUUAGCCACAGAUGUAAUUCAGUGUGAUCCAGAAACAACAGUGGCGGUACGACUGUCUCGAGCAGAGGCAUACAUGGCUCUCAAACAGUAUCGUCUGGCUUUGGAGGACACAGAAUUUUGUCCCGGGUCCAGCUGUUCCGCUGAAGCUGUGUUUAGGAAAGCUAUGGUGCUGCAUGAGAUGGGCCAAGUGGACGAGUCUCUCCAAGUCUUCCUCCACUGCCUGUCUGUGGAUGAAGACUUUCCCUGUGCUAAAAGACAAGUGGAAAAGAUCCUGUGUGCCCUGCUCUCCCCGGCUGAUGAGAACAUCAAGGUUGGCCUGCGGGAAACAACACAGAACACGUCGCCUCUCUUGCGCAGUAAAACCCUCGUGGCCGAUGCCCAAGGUCAGCCACAGAGCCCAGUCCAAAGACAGAGCCAGCACCAGGUCCGCGCUGCCUCAGCACACCACCAUCUGGACUACCAGGAGAAACGCUCGGAAAGCCUGGAGCGGCCUGGUCUGAGCCGAGCUCAUUCUCUACGGAUGCAUGGCAUUAGUUGCGGCGAGGAAGGCCUGAAGAGAGUUUGCUCUGCUCCUCAGCUGGGGGACCAGGACAAGGGGAGCCUGCUGAAGAGGAAAUUGUCAGUGUCAGACACAGAACCCUGUGUUGUGGACAGUGGAAAUAGCAAGCAUAAAAAACAAGGUGUGGAGAAAGGCUCCAAACAACAGGCAGCCAAAGCUAAACCCUCCAGAAGUGUUCCUGUGGACCUGCUCGAGCCCAAUGACUUAGAAUGCUCUCUCUGCAUGAGGUUGUUCUAUGAGCCUGUGACUACACCAUGUGGCCACACCUUCUGUAAAAACUGUCUGGAACGCUGCUUGGAUCAUACACCCCAGUGCCCCCUCUGUAAAGAGAGCCUGAAAGAGUAUCUAGCAUGUAGGAAGUACGUGGUGACAACUGUCUUGGACAUGCUGAUCAAACGGUAUUUGAGCCAGGAGUAUGCCGAGAGGACUAAAGCUCACCUGGAGGAGACCAAAGAGCUUUCUAAUCUGACGAAGAAUGUGCCUAUCUUUGUGUGUACCAUGGCUUACCCAACCGUGCCUUGCCCCCUGCAUGUCUUCGAGCCACGUUACCGCCUCAUGAUUCGCCGCUGCAUGGACACGGGCACGCGGCAAUUUGGGAUGUGUAUUAACGAUCCCCAUAAAGGGUUUGUAGAUUAUGGCUGUAUGCUGACCAUCAGAAGUGUCCAUUUCCUACCUGACGGGCGAUCAGUAGUGGACACCAUAGGAGGAAAGCGCUUCCGUGUCCUGUCCAGAGGAAUGAAGGAUGGUUACAGUACUGCUGACAUUGAGCACUUGGAGGAUACAAGGGUGGAGGACAGAGAUGAGCUAGAGAAACUACAAGAGCUGCAUGAUGCAGUGUAUGAACAAGCCCGCGUCUGGUUCCAGAACCUCAAGAUCCGCUUCCACAACCAGAUCCUGCAGCAUUUUGGACCAAUGCCGGAACGGGAAGCUGAUAUCCAGGCAACUCCUAAUGGCCCAGCUUGCUGCUGGUGGCUCCUGGCUGUUCUGCCUAUCGACCCACUGUACCAGCUCUCUGUCCUCUCCAUGACCAGCCUCAAAGAACGCCUGGUGAAGAUCCAGCACAUCCUCACAUAUCUGCAGAGCAUCCCCAACAAUUAGGGCAAACAUCCUUUGGACUUCAAGCAACCUUGAAUAAACAUCUCGCCAACCCUUUUUGUUUCUGUUGCCAUCCGAUCCUUCAGCUUUUAUUUUCACAGCUACAAGACCCCUCGUUUUACAAAGGAAAGCAAAACAUCCUUGAAAUGUGGAUUAUGGAAGCUGAACCAGCUCAGGGAACUCUUCCAGUGACACACAUUAUUGGUUUGUGACUGUGAAAUAUUAUUUUAAAAAUUAAGACAAAUGUGACAGCAACUAUUUUCAUCUGCUCCUGUAUGCAGUUAAUUUUCAUAAGAACUUCCCUGAGUGAUUUUUGUUUAAAUGAGAACAGCAGUUACUCUUCCACUUGGUUUUGAUAAUGCUGUUAAACAAUGACAGAAAGUAGUAUAUCUAACAAUCACCUUCAAGCGAACCUUAUGUAAGGGUAGUAUUUAUGGAGCUGAGGUGAAGAGAGCAUUAUAGUUAGUGUUGGAUCAGCUCUGGUGAGACCAGUAAAGUUUGUUGUUUUUUGUUUUGUCUGCUGGCUGUACGGGUUAUGUUAAUAUGAAGGAGGGGGUGAGGUGAUUCUAUGGAACAAAAUUUUAAAUGCUGUAAGUCCAAAAAGUGAUACAAAGAUGUGGUUUAGAGGAACCACUGAAAAGAGCAAUUUGUGCUAAAACAAGUGCAACUAAAGACUGGUGUGUGUGUGUGUGUACCACACACUGAUUAAAGUAUUAAUUGAUCUCUCCCGA